AUGCUCACCUACUUCCUCAACCUCCUCUUCCCCAAAUCCGCACCCCAACCAACCCUCCUCUCCCUCCCCCCAGAGACCCGCCUUAACAUCUACACCACCCUCUUCCCACCCCUCAAACUCCACCUAACCCCCCUCACACCCUCCAACCCCCUCCCAGAACCCCCCAUCCUCCACACCACCUCCCUUCUCCGGUCCGAAGCCCUCCCAAUCUUCUACUCGGCCAUCGAAGUCCACAUUCCGACGUUCCACCGCACCACGCCGCCGGAGCGGGUUGGCGUGCUCAUUGGGAAGAUCCCUGAAGGACAAAUCAAGCAGAUCCGAAGAUUCGUGGUUCCGUGGACGUUGAGGUUUGAGGUUACGGUUCAACUCUCUCCGAACCCUUGGAGGAGAGCUCAGAGCGAUGGUGCUGAUGGUGGUGGUUUAGCGGUGGGAGAGAAGCACUAUGUCGUUGUGCGGUCUAUGCGGGCGAAUAUCAGCGAGGAGUUUUGUGAGAAGUUCACCGAGGCCGUUUUGACGUGGAUCGAGGAUUUGCUUGAGAGUCAUGAAGAGAAGGGGUUGUAUCUGAAUGCGAAGGAUUUGUGCUCCUUGGUUGCGAACAUCAAUCGGCAUGCGCCGACGAUGUUGAGGCAGGUCUGUGGGAUCUCUGUUUGA